GCGAAUUCACAAAAAGAUGAAUUGGUCGAAGAGGUUGCUAAGCUGAAUGAUGCACUUGAAAAGGAGAAGAAGCUUUCGGCAGAGAAGGGGUUCAAACGCAGUUUGUUAUUGCCUUUUUUGGAAUGUAAUCGAGAUGUACGAAGGAUUAUGGAAGCGAAUGUUUAG